AUGUCUGAUGACACAAACGAUAAAUCGGAUAGCUUCACAGAAUUCAAAGAAACCAAGCUAGUGGAGUGUGACUGUACUUUCGAAUCCUUCGGGAAUGUGGACAAGGUGGUCACCGAGUCCGAGGAUGGCUACGACAUUAAGUGUGUACGGAGAAGUAGUCUGAUUAUCGAGGGUAAAAACUCAGAAAGACGACUGGAGAAGUUUUACAUAAGCAUCGACCCCUAUGUCUCUCUGAUUUUAAAUAUUCUUGAGGACGAGUGGAUAGAUCAUCUCAUCGCGGUCGACGGGAGCAGGUGGGUCAGCAGCCAGACCUCAAAAGGACUAACCGACUCUCACCCUGACACGUACACCACGACUGUGAGCAAGACUAGGAAAAGCCUCAGCGUUAUUUUCGAGCACUUCGAGGACGAGAUAAUCAGCAAGAUAGAGAGGCGAGUCGCACUGGUCGCCGGCAUUGACGUCAGUCACUUGGAAAAACUCGUAAUGGUCAAGUACGGCCCCGGCGAUUACUUCAAGCAGCACCACGACGGCGGAUUCCGAUCGCACACCAUCCUCCUUUAUCUUAACGGUACGUUCCUACCAGAUAUCCGAUCCUGCUUAGAUACUGACGGGGGAGAGACCGUAUUCCCUAGAAUUGGGAUAUCUAUCAAGCCCAUUGCCAACAGUGCGGUGUUCUGGGAAAACUUAACCAGCGAUGGCGAGAUGGACCACAGACUGAUCCAUGCUGGCACCACUCCGAAGAGUGGAAUAAAAUAUGUAGUAAAUUGCUUCUUCAACGUUGAGCCGGUCAGACUAAUGUGA